AUGCUACCUGGCAAUCUACUGAGCAAUGGUGCGAACAGCAACCUCUACGUCGCUGGCUUGCCUCCUAGCACCAGCGAGGACACACUGCGUCAGCUGUUCAACAAUUUCGGCGAUGUGGCCUCCGUUCGAACUUUCUUCGGCAAGACGCCUACAGCUCCAAGCUAUGGCUUCGUGAAGUUCCGGUAUGAUAACCAGGCGUUGGCAGCCAUUGGCGCAAUGAAUGGGCGCGAGUUCAACGGGCACACCAUGACGGUCCGCCUGGCCAACAACGACACCACGGGACCACAUCCCAGGAGCGCGGCUCCACCUCCAGGGCCUGCUGUCGGAGGAACCAACUUAUACGUUUCGGGCUUGCCCCCCGACAUGGACGAGAACGGCAUGAAAGAGCUUUUCCGCAAGUUCGGAAAUGUUGUCUCUGUCAAGCUUGCCCGGGAGGCGCGCAUUUACAAGCAGUACGGCUUUGUGCACUACACUAGUCCAGAUGAAGCAGAAGCUGCUAUAAAUGCCAUGCACAACCGGAUCAUUGAUAGAGACUAUCAGCUUACCGUCAAGUAUGCCAACAGCUCAGAAAGAGCAUGGAUGAGAGAUCAGGGGAUGCCCCCGCCCGCAGCUGUGGUGGCUGUGGCGCAAGCGCUAGCAGCAGCCGCGGCUGCAACUUCAGGACCAGCACAGUGGUCUCCCGGCGCUGGGGAGGAUGCGCGGCCUGGCUUCACCUUGCAUGUCACAGGGUUACCACAAGGCACCUCCAAGGAGCAGCUAGAAACAUUCUUCGCCGCGUUUGGCCAGGUCUCAGCAAAGGUGUUAGAUGAUGGCAUGGCAAGCGGCAAAGCCGUCGCCCUACUUCGUCUAUCAUCUCGGGACGAAGCUGAAAGACUAAUCGCAGAGUACAAUGGCAAGGUGCUGCCAGGGUUGGAUGCUCCCCUGUCCGUGCGCCUCACGGAGUCGAGGGAGGCGCCGCCUCCCCGAGAGCGCUAUGAGCCAUAUGGCAAGGCCAUUGGGAGAACUGGAGGGGUUUGGGGUUGCCUCCUGCCUACGUCAUGA